AUGCAAGGCAGACUCAUGAAGUGGGCCAUUAAAUUAGCUCACUUCGAUUUGUAUCAUUUUCCCUUGAGGGCGGUCAAAGGCCAAGCAGUGGCAAAUUUUUUGGCAGGCUUCACAGGUUGUGAAGAGCAAACGACCGGGUGUAUACCUUAUGUAAGGACCCGAAAUUGGUUAAUGUUCUUUGAUGGUUCUACCUCAGGAAACAGAUCUGCUGCAGGGGUCCUAUUGGAAGGUCCAGACGGCCAAAAGGUCAAUUUGCAGCUUCAAUUGGAAGAUAUGACCCAUAAUUCAGCAGAAUAUGAAGCUUUGAUCUUGAGAUUGGAAGCCUUGAUAGCCAGAAAAGUUCAGUCGGUUAUUAUAAAAGGGGACUCUCAAUUGGUGAUUAACCAGGUAAACACAAAAUAUGUUUGCAAUUAUCCCCACCUUCGGUGGUACAGGGAUUUGGUAGGUCGUUUGUUAUCAAAGAUCUCCGAAGUGAUAAUCGAGUUCGUUUCUAAAGAGGAGAAUCAGUUUGCAGAUGAUUUAGCUCAAAAAUCUUGCAAGGGAAUUUUGAAAGAUAUUUGCACUGAGGUCGGCUCUGAGUUUGAAACAGAAGCCGACUGGAGGAUUGAAGAAGGAACCGUCUGGCAGACUGGAGUAGGAGCCGACCGGAGGACUGAAGAAGGAAUCAUCUGGCAGACUGACAAGGAGUGUUAUAUAAAAGACAUUCGGACAAUUGCUUUUGAAGUGUUUGGGUCCCAAACAGGCUUUGGAGGUGAUGACAGAGAUUGCAUACAAUUUGCCAAGGGCUGUCAAGAAUGUCAGAGGCAUGGACAAUUAAUUCAUUCGCCAGUCACAGAGUUACAAGAUAUGGCAGUUGCUUUGAAAAGCGUGGAUCAGAAGGAGGUUAUUGAUUUUAUGCUGAAUCAGAUCAUCUAUAGAUAUGGUAUACCUUAUUCAUUAACAACCGACCAAGGUCUGGUCUUUACUGGGGAGAAAUUUGUGAGUUUCUUGGCAGAAUUUGGCAUUCGGUUGAAUAAUUCCUCGCCUUAUUAUCCUCAAGCUAAUGGGAAUAACAGAAGUUCUGCCACAAGGUUUUCACCAUAUCAACUAAGUUUUGGACAAGAUGCUGUGUUGCCAGCCGAAGUGCAAGUUUCAUCUGGACGCACAAGUUUUACUAAUGAUGAAUUUACUGAAGAGUAUCAACAAAUGAUGUUACAGCAGUUGGAAAGUCUGGAUGUCAACCAACUUCAUGCAAUUGAUCAGAUUGUAAAGCAAAAUGAGGUCAGGGCCAAGACCUAUGGAAAGAAGAUCUUUUACAGAAUAUUCAAAGAAGGAGACUUGAUUUGGAAGACUAUUCUGAUAACUUACAAGAAGGUCGAUCAAUUAGGAAAGUGGUCUCCGAAUUGGGAGGGACUAUUCAUAGUUCAAAAAGAAAUUGGAAAUGGUGCCUAUAUUUUAUAA